CAAUAUGUCUGGUCGUGGUAAAGGAGGCAAAGCAAAAGGCAAGUCCAAGACUCGUUCCAACCGUGCUGGUCUGCAGUUCCCAGUUGGUCGUGUACACCGUUUCCUGAGAAAGGGCAACUAUGCCGAGCGUGUCGGCGCCGGUGCCCCAGUCUACUUGGCUGCCGUACUCGAGUACUUAGCCGCUGAAAUCCUCGAAUUGGCCGGUAACGCCGCCCGUGACAACAAGAAGUCUAGGAUCAUCCCACGUCACUUGCAGUUGGCUGUCCGUAACGACGAGGAAUUGAACAAACUGAUGUCCGGUGUAACCAUCGCACAAGGUGGUGUACUGCCUAACAUCCAGGCUGUACUUCUGCCCAAGAAAUCCCACGCCAAAUCCAAGUAAAUUGUAAGCCUUGGCGUACUCAAACCAAACGGCCCUUUUCAGGGCCACCACAUCCUCCAAAAAGAAAACUACCGUAAAUGUGCGUGUACCAUGGAUCUAUCUAGGGAAUUUGUUCUGUAUACUCAUCCUAAAUCUAUUUUAUCGUCGAUCGGAAAAAUCGAUUUUCGAUUGACAAAAAGAAAAACAAAGUGUACUAUGUCAACAACCACAGUGUCAUUUCUCAAUAUUUCAUGAACUAGGUUUCAUUCUUUGCUGCUACGCUCUUGUCACUUAUGGCGCUCGGUGAUGUUCCCUUUGUUAAAUCAACGCCGAGAGCAUUUUAACA